GAUGAUCACCUCACAUGACUGGGAGCUGGAAUCCAUUGAGGAAAAAGUCCUCCGUAAGUAUGGUAAAUUCACUGGAAUCACUUCCAGCAAAACUCCAAAGUCUCCGGAAAUCAAGAAGGAAUUGACUGUAAAGGAUAAAAUCAGAGCUGCGCAAAAAGCAAAGAAGCGAUCAUAGAUGAGAACCCAAAAAAUAAAAAAAAUUCCGGGCCAUGUGACCUUUUGAGCAUUGUCAACUUGUCCGCGGGGACAUUCAUUCAAUUUCGAAUCUCUUUUUCCUUCUUCUUAUGGUUUUUUCAUACUUGGCAGCACUAUUGCCCUUUCUUCCCUUGAAGCAAACCCCAAUAACAACGACAUCUGUCCUCAUUCCCUAUACAACUGAGUGGGUCCAUGCUUUAGAGCAACUCUACAACGUUUUUCCACACUCAUCCAACUCUACAAAGUCAGACGCAUGCUUAUUCGAUGUACCAAAGUUCAACUGCACAUCAUUUUACUGGGAGGAUGGUAUAGCAAAGAGAGAUGUUCGACAUUUGCGCCCUCAGGAUAUCAAAGCUGUCAUAUCUAUCGGAGAUAGUAUAUCGGCUGGCUUCGGUAUGCAGACAGCGAGGCCACCUUUUGGGACGGUUUGGGAGUACCGUGGAAAAGUUUUUAGCUCUGGAUCCGACCCCGAUGAGUACACCAUUGCAAAUUUUCUCUCGAGUUAUACGGAUACUAAAGGUGGACCAGCUGGCAUUACUAUGCCACUGGCGAGAGGAAAAGGACUGAAUGGUGCAAUAAGUGGCGGCGUGGUUCAAACGUUGGACGAAGAAGUGACUCGACUGGUACAUCAAUUGUCACAUAAAGAAUACGCAGAUAUACGGGAUGACUGGAAAUUGAUCACAGUAUUAAUUGGUGCCAACAAUUUGUGUGGAUUAUGCGCAGCGCCAUCGACGGGCUUACCAGACCAAGCAACUGCAGACGCUUUCGAACAUCAUUUAAGGCUGGCCUUGGAACGAUUGAGAACCGAAAUUGGGCAUACUUUUGUCAACUUAAUGGCUAUGUUUAGCGUUUCGGUAGUGUAUGACGCCGCGCGGGGUGAGCAAUAUUGCGAGUUCUUGAUGGACAAGUCAAAUAUGUAUAUCUGCCCAUGUGCUCAGGGUACGGAUGAAGAUCGAAGAGCGGCCGAUGAUAUGGUGAAAGAAUAUAAUCUUCGUAUGUAUAAAGUAGCCGAUGAAUUUCAGAUAUAUGAUGACUUUACGGUAGUGGUGCAGCCAGCAUUGACGGCGUUUGAUGUUGCAAAGUACAAACAAGCGUAUUUCAGUGGAAUGGACUGCUUCCAUCCCAAUCUCUGUGCAAAUCAAAUAAUGGCCAUAGCUUUAUGGAAUAAUAUGUUCUCGACAGAAAAGCAUCGACCCGUAGAUGCCAGUGAAAUCAAUAUCGAUUGUCCAAGCGCGUACGACUAUAUCCAGUAGCUGCUCAGACGUUACACAGCCAUUUUGUACCAUCGUACAAGAACUAAUAAUAUAUAAAAAUGAAUCCCAAUCCAUCUUAAGCUAUUGUAUCUUCUCUUGGCUGCCAAUGUUUCGUUCAAAGUCGACUGUGAACGACCCGGUCAUCACCUCGUCCCUGGAUUCCGGAAAGGCGUCCAUCGUGCGCAGGGCUACCGAACCAUCGCUUUCAUCUCCAUCUACACCUC